AUGCCACUCUUAGCUAUUUCCUACGAGGACGUUGCGGAAGCCCCUGGUACCAUGCUCAUGUCCCGAUCUGGAUCGCUUCGUCGCCCCGUCACAAGGCCAUCGACACGACAUCCUUCGACGCGCGCCAGUGCGCUUCUGUCAAUCGACCAACAGUCGCAGCUACCCUCCCGGAUGGGCACGCCAGCGAGUGCACGACUCGGCGAUACAGAGAGCGUCUUUGAGCGCCGUCUCAAUGCCAUAUUUAUGCGCACGGCACGAAGCGCAGACAGUACCCGGCCAUCGACAGCAGCGGCCGGUCUCAUCCGCGAAGACUCGAUGGGCGACCUUUCCGAUGCCCCGACAUACUUCUCGGGACCUCCACCGCCUUCUUACCGGUCGCGCCCUGAGUCUCUGCUCAGCACUUCUUCUUUCGGCUGCAUCGAUGGCAUGAACCCUACACAACGACAGAUCAGUCAGCAGCGAGCGGCACUACAACGGGGAAUGAGGUGCAAGCUGAAGAGAUUCGCUCAAGGACUUGCAACAUGA